AGGGAGUGCGGGGCAGGUGGCGGGGAGGGCGGGUGCGCGGCGGAGCGCCGAGGCCAAGUGCAUUGUGUCUGGUGGCGGCGGCUGCGGCGGGCCGAGAAGCCAUGGAGCCGCGGGCGCUCGUCACCGCACUCAGCCUCGGCCUCAGCCUCUGCUCCCUGGGGCUGCUCGUCACGGCCAUCUUCACCGAUCACUGGUACGAGACCGACCCCCGGCGCCACAAGGAGAGCUGCGAGCGCAGCCGCGCGGGCGCCGAUCCCCCGGACCAGAAGAACCGCCUGAUGCCGCUGUCACACCUGCCGCUGCGGGACUCGCCGCCCCUGGGGCGCCGGCUGUUCCCCGGUGGCCCCGGGCGCGGAGACCCCGAGUCCUGGCGCUCGCUGCUGGGGCUCGGCGGGCUGGACGCUGAGUGUGGCCGGCCGCUGUUCGCCACCUACUCGGGCCUCUGGAGGAAGUGCUACUUCCUGGGCAUCGACCGGGACAUCGACACCCUCAUCCUGAAAGGUAUUGCGCAGCGAUGCACAGCUAUCAAGUACCACUUCUCUCAGCCAAUCCGCUUAAGAAACAUUCCUUUCAAUUUAACCAAGACAAUACAGCAAGAUGAAUGGCACCUACUUCAUCUAAGAAGAAUCACUGCUGGCUUCCUGGGCAUGGCGGUAGCUGUCCUGCUGUGUGGCUGCAUCGUGGCCACCGUCAGCUUCUUCUGGGAGGAAAGCCUGACCCAGCACGUGGCUGGACUCCUGUUCCUCAUGACAGGGAUAUUUUGCACCAUUUCACUCUGCACGUAUGCUGCCAGUAUCUCCUAUGAUUUGAACCGGCUCCCGAAGCUAAUUUACAGCCUGCCUCAUGAUGUGGAACAUGGCUACAGCUGGUCUAUCUUUUGCGCCUGGUGCAGUUUGGGUUUUAUUGUGGCAGCUGGAGGUCUCUGCAUCGCUUAUCCAUUUAUUAGCCGGACCAAGAUUGCACAUCUAAAGUCUGGCAGGGACUCUACAGUAUGACUGUCUGCACCGGGCUACAGCGUGGGUGACUCCAACUGGAGUGGAACCGAGUUCACAUCAAGAUUCUAAGCACAAAGAGGAGGUCUUUUACAUUCCAACCUGUUGUCUGCAGCCCUUUCUGGAUGACUGAUAGAAAAUCUUGCAGGACCUCCCAGCCUUUCAAAGGACAAGACUACUGUGGAUUCAAGUGCUUUAAUGACUAUUUAUGCUUUGACUGCAAAAUGUGGAGCAGCGCCAUGGGACAUUUCUAGGCAUUGGAAAAGAGGAACUGCAAUGGGGAAAAAUUUGUACGAUUUCCAUUUAUUUCAGAAAGUUUGUAUAUAAUGAUUACUGGAGAGUCAUUUCUAUUUGCAAAAGGAUUCAUAACAAAGCAAGUAUAAUUUUCUUGUCAGCGUACCAGGCUUGUUCAAUUUUAAUGCAGCAUCUUCAGAACUUGUCCUAAUGGUGUCUUGUUGUGUCAGCACCUGAUAUUUGUGCAUUCUUUGUAGAUGUUCCUUGUCACAGGAGGAUUUUUCUUCUGUUGCCUUAUUAUUACUUUUAUGAAUUAAAGUCUAUUCUCUGUGUUUGUACUGGAUUCAAAAGCAUAAAAAAAAAAACGCAAAAAACAAAAACCAGAUCAACCGUGUAAGAGCUACCCUGUACCACUACACAGUAUUGUUUGAGGUCCCACCUGUGUCUCUUUUUGUUCACUGGGUUUCUGCAUUAAAUGACUACCCCCUUGUUAA